GGCAAGUCUAACAAUAACAUGGCAACGGUACUAGUCUCGAUUUCAUUGACAGCAACGUGCAACAAUAGUUUGCGGAAACUUUGAUUAUUUGUGGUCUAUAAUUCGAGUUUUAUCGCAGGAAAACUCUGUGAUUAAAAUCGAUUCAGGAUGACAGACCUGGGUAUGGACAUGAUCACGAAGAAACCACGGACUCCGCGGGAUGAGUACACCCUGCUGACAGAGUCACAGAUCAGAAACAUCAGACAGAACCGAACAUCUUUCUUUGACGUCAGUAAAAUCGGAUGGACGCCAUCGCGGACCCCCUACAAGAAUGGAGAGAGAGCCACAUUCAAGAGGUUCUCGCAUUCAGCCAAUGAAAAUCUGUUUCGGGGCAGGACUCUCUCGGGACCAGUUUGUUGGAUUGACGAACAAGUCACCACCACCGUACCCGAGAACCACAACACAUCAAGACAUGGAGCAUCGCUUCCAUGGGGUGUCGAAAAACAAGGUUUGAGGACACUAGGGCACCCACAGAGUGAUGAAACCUGGAGGUUUAUGAAGAUAGGCAUGUACUGCAGACACCCAACAAACAUCCCCGGAGAAAUCAACAUGAAAUUUGGCAGACCUGGCCAAGGAUACCAUGCCCAAAGAUUUCCAAGUAAUUCAUCAUGGUUCGGCACCUCUGCUCCACUGAACCGGACUGCGAUCCUCGAUGACAUUCACAGAAAGACAUCAGAAGAAUACGAUGCUAUCCAAACCUUUAAACAAAAGCACAUUCAAAAAAGACUGAGAAAGUUUCCUGAAUUUUCAGAAUAUACAGACAAAUUUGCAUUGUUAUCCAAAUUAGUGCCAAUACCUAAAACCCUGCAUGAAAGGAAGCAGUUCAUGUUACAGCAGAAAGCAGAAAUGGAGGAAGACGCAAAAGCAGAAGCAGAACUGAAGGCAGCACAAGAAGCAAACCAGAGACAAAAAGCAGAAUCACGAUUUGUAUAUUAAUUAGUUCGCACCCGACUGAUUUUGCCAGUGUCUGACCUGCCUGAACCAAAACCACAAUUUCCGAAGCAAAAGUUAUACAAUUUAGAAAGAAACUUUUUAAAAAUUUAAAAAGAAACUUUUCUGUAGUUAAGAUCUGAAUAUGUUAUGGAUCUUGGCACCUGACUGAUUUUGCCAGUGUCGAAUCUGGCUGUACCAAAACCACAACAUACAAAGAAGAAAUAAAAUUUGCAUAUUAAUUAGUUCACAUCUGAAUGCAAAAUUAUACAAUUUAGAUAUUCAUUAAAAAGAAACUUUUCUGUAGUUAAGAUGUGAAAAUGUUAUGGAUCUUUGCAGAAAGAAGACAUCAGUAUGUUCACACCUGACUGAUUUUGCCAGUGUCGAACUGGCUGUUCCCAAACCACAACAUACAAAGAAGAAAUUAAAUUUGCAUAUUAAUUAGUUCACAUUUGAAUGAUUUUAGCAUGGAGUACCUAACUGUACCAAAAAUGAAACUUACAAAUAGCAGAAACAUAAUUUGCAUAUUUACUGCCUACUUAUUUAUCACCAAGCGCUUGCGAACAGUUUGACUGGUUUAAUUAAAAACAAAGUGUAUAGUCGGUGAUGGAUAUUGGAACAAAGAAAAACAUGUCUUACAAACAUUGACAUAACCAGGAUUUUAUAUUUGCGGGUGGGGUACCCACACUCUCUACAGCCAGGAUUUUAUAUUUGCGGGUGGGGUGGGGUACCCACACUAUCUACAAGUGGUAUUAUGGGAUGACAGGCAAAUAUAAAAAUGGGGUCCAGAAACAUAGUUGGCAAAUUAAUUUAAAAAUCUGUUUUUGUGUAGUAAAUCUAUCCCAGUGAUUUCACCAGUGAUGGAUUUGGUGAUAAAGAGGCCAUACCAAAAAACAAAACUCCCGAAAAGCAGAAAUACAAUUUUGCAUUAUUAAAACAAUAUUUUUGAGUAUUUAAGGUACAGUUUUCCAUGUACGUAGUUUUUUUAUGUGGCGUGGUCACAGUACACGAAAAACAAAUGCUUUAAAGGUCCUACAUGUAUGUCAAAGUUGAAACUACCACAUUUUGUUAUUUUCACAUUUCUUUGUAAUAAAUAACUACAAAUUAAUCAGUCCCAAAAAUAAUCUUUCCAUAAUUAACUCAAGAAUUAUCAUUUUUAAAAGUCUUGUGGCUAAAUAUAGCAUGGUCACCAUCUUUGUUUCUUUGGCAACGAAUUAGGGAAAAAACUUAGUGUGUUGAAUGUGUAUGCCUAAAACAAUGACAUCACUAGUUGAAACAUUUGACACACUCUGAAGAUUCCCCACUAAAAUACUCUUUUUUUUCUUCUAGUAAAUGGAAUUAUUUGGUUGUAAUUUUUAUAGGAAUAUAGGUAAAGGUAUAAAAUUUAUUUCAAAGAAAACAUUAAUUAAUAUUUUUGGCAGGAAAGGCCAUUUUUGUAACUUUGACAUAGCACCUUUAAAAAAAAAAAUUCUAUGGUUUUCUACAGAAGUGUUUCAUGCUGCUACAAAAACUGUACUCAUGAAUGGAAGUCUGUGUUUAAUAUAUGAAUGUUUGUGCCAAUGACAGAUCUGGGGAUAACGAUGCCAUACUAAAACCUAAACUUUACAACCAAAUACACAGUUUGGAUUUGAUUUUAGUUUUAUUCAUAAAGUUACUGACUAUAAAUCCUAUAAGGUAUAUAUAGAGAAUAACUAGUAAUUGAUGUCGGAUAUCUGCUUUAUCCUGUGAAGGUAAGAAUGGGAAAUUCUGCGAGGCUCUGCCGAGUGGAAUUUCUCAUUCGGCCUGAACAGGAUAAAGCAGAUAUCCGACAUCAUUAACUAGUUAUUAUCUUUAUGCUGCAGACCAUAAACAUUAAGUGGAAAAGCUAUUAUUUCUGUUAUUUCAGUCACAUUGUACGAUGAUCUAGAGGUCAAUGAGCAAUUUUGUAAUGUAGCUAUGCGUGCGACGUCAUAUGACUGACGUCAUAUGACUGACGUCAAAAGUCAUAUCCUGCUGCUAUACGGAUAUGACUUUGCUUUAUCCUUCAUCAUAUUCUGUCAAUAGUUUGUUUGUUUUGUUUAACGACACCGCUAGAGCACAUUGAUUUAUUAAUCAUCGGCUAUUGGAUGUCAAACAUUUGGUAAUUUCGACUCAUAUAGUCAUUAGAGAAAACUCACUAAAUUUUUCUAAUGCAGCAAGUGAUCUUUUAUAUGCACCAUCCCACAGACAGGAUAGCACAUACCACGGUCUUUGAUAUACCAGUUGAGGUGCACUGGCUGGAACAAGAAAUAGCCCAAUGGGCCC